GCUUCCGCCUUCCAUUUUCGAGCAGCCAUGGCAGAAAACGGCGACUUGCUUGAACCUUCUCCUAAAAUCCCCAAACUCUCCGAAGAAGCACAUCGUAGUCUCACCUUUCUCAAGGUGAAGAAGCUCUCUACCAAUGCUAUAUUGCCUUCAAGAGGAUCUUCUCUUUCUGCUGGAUAUGAUCUCUCCAGUGCAGCAGAGGUCAAAGUUCCAGCCAGAGGGAAGGCCCUUAUUCCGACUGAUCUCAGCAUUGCUAUUCCAGAAGAUACUUAUGCUCGAAUCGCUCCGAGAUCAGGACUGACAUGGAAGCAUUCCAUCGACGUGGGAGCUGGUGUUAUUGACGCCGAUUACAGAGGACCUAUUGGUGUUAUACUGUUCAACCAUGCGGAUUUGGAUUUUGACGUAAAGCCCGGUGAUCGCAUUGCUCAGUUGAUCAUUCAGAAGAUCAUAACUCCAGAUGUUGUUGAGAUCGAUGAACUUGAUUCUACCAUUCGUGGAUCUGGUGGAUUUGGAUCAACCGGGGUGUGAAUGUGAUUAAGUGAAAGAUGAUUCAGUGGGACAAUUUUGCAAGUAAUGUGUUUGAUGUUUGACCCCAUUGAAUAUAUUUAUAUAUUAAAGCUUGGCAAUCAAAAUGAAACCUUACUUUCGGUUCUA